CUGAUCUCAGCUGGCAGCUGUAGGCGCUGGUGGAACGGCAAUACGUGGACUGGCCCUGAUGCUGAACGGGGCAGUCGCCUCUCAUCCCUCACAAGCAAUGCCUUGUCCUGGCUUCUUGCAGGAUGGCUGAGGAAGUCCGCAAGGUCCCCUUGAAACCUAUCCGUGCCUGGGAGGAGACAAGACCUCCUCGAAGGAAGAGUCCGCGGAAGAGGCCACAGCAGCAGCAGGAGCUGUGUGUGCCUCAGCCCUUCCAUGCUGAUUCACCAUCACCUGGGAAUGCCUCCUGCUUUAUGGGGCCAGACUCGCAGGAGAAAGAGACCCUAGAGUACAUCAACGCCUUUCUCAAGGGCAAUGAACAGGAGGAGGCCAAGAAACUUGAAUUCUUGGAUUGUGUCAUCACCAUCAGCAGGGCCGUCCUUACGAGGCACCCAGAAGGAAACCUGGCAGCUUUUCUUGGCAAAGCCCUCCUUGUGAAAAAGAUAAAGGAGCUGAUUGAUCUUGAGUUCGUCGACUCCCUGACCAGCGGGGUGCGUCAGCAAGCGAUGCUCGCCAUCAUGGAGCUGAGCAAAGUGAAGCCACUGCUGCGGGGAAUGGAGCUAUCCAGCCUGCUCACCGUCUGCUUCGCCAGCACCUUCUCCCUGCCUCCAGCAAACACCAACCAGGGCAUGGAGGCUGCUCUAUACAACAACACUCUGAACACCAUGGAUGAGCUGUUGAAGGCCUUGGUGUGCGAGGAGGAGAAGCCCAACCUUGUGGUGCUGCAAAACAUCUUGGAGGUCCUGCUCCCCUGGACCGCAUCCAAGGAGGUGCAUGUGCGGCUGAGGGCAGUGGGAAGAAUCACCUGGCUGACCAAAUUCAUCUCUGGUCAACACCAAUUCAAGGGACUGGAGGAGUUCAGAGUCCUGGGCCAGCUGGUGGGCUGUCUCACGCUGCGCUGUGCUGAGCAGGAGCAGGAGAUCUGCCGAUCGGCUAUGGAGGGACUUCACCACCUCUACGCCUUCCUGCUGCGGCAAAAACUUCAUCUGGAAGGCUCGACGCUGGCAAAGCAGAGUGCAGAGUAUCUGCAGGUCUUCAGGGAGUGGCGAGCGGAGAACACCUUCUGGGUCACCUGGUUCACCAACACCAGCAAUAUCGCCAUGAUGUUUGGGAAGUACUUCAACCCAUCCGAGCGCAUGGACUUCCUCCUCACUGCUAUCGAGGGCAUGAGAGACACCAGCGUCCAUGACUCGGUGGCGGCCAGGCACAUGCUGCAUGUGAUCCUGUGGGUCCCCAGCCCAAGCUUGGAGAGGGUGUCGGAGGCUGUGAUGAGCAUCUACCACAACCUGGACUCCAUCAGCGAGCCGCUGGCCCAGCAGCAGCUGCUCAGGGCCCUUGUCGUGCUGGGCAACCAGUACAGCGAGGAGGUGGUCACAACCCUGCUGGGCUGCUCGCUGUCAUGUGACAGCGUUGCUGUGGAGAUGUGGAGGGUGCUGACAUCCCACCCCAAGACCGCAGGAAAGGUCCUCCGGGAGCUGCUCGACAGGCUGCAGGAAUGGCCGCUGCGCCAGCAUCACGAUGUCUCUCAGCAAGAGGCUGGCGUCGCCCCCUUGGCCGUGGGGAAAAUCCAGCGUCAGCAGCCAGUCAUCGUGGAGCGGCUACACGAGGCAGACAGGGGCGUCAUCUCCAAUGCCAUCACCGUGCUGAGAGACAUCCUCGCCGGCAUGGACAGGCAGAGCGCCAGCACCGUGGCUGUGCAAGUGGCUGAGAAACUCCUGCCGUUCUUUCAUGACGAGUCCAGCAAACUCCGGGUGCUCUCCAUCGCCCUCUUUAAACACCUGCUGGAGCUUGUAAGGGGGCCCAGCAGGAGAAAGAUGAAGGAGCUCGUCCUCCAGAGCCUGGUCCCGCUGCUCCUCCUCCUGCACGAUGAGCGUCCCAAUGUGUCCCAGGUGUGUUGGGACGCCCUCAGCCGUGCUGUGGAGUUCCUAAGGUGGAGCCAGCUCGGUGCUCUCGUCCAGCGAAAGGAGCUUUGGCGAGGCUGUGACUGCCUGGUGGCGUGCUACAAGGAGAGGGCAGAAACCUUCCUCUGCCAGGCCAUGGCCUUUCUGAAAAACCCGCAGGCUCCCAUUAGAGAAGCGGCCAUCAGGUUUCUAGGGCUGACUGCCCGGCAGCUGGACCAGAAGAGCCAGGAGAAGUUGGAGGCCAUCUUCAACGUCCUCAAAGGCUUGCAGGAGGACAGCAAGUCCUCUGUCAGGUGCCUGGCUUUGCAGACCAUGCUAAUCCUCACUGCCUGCAAGAAACACCGUCCAGCCCGUGCCAGCCUACGAACACUCUUGCAGAGGAUGAGACUGAUGUGUACAAGGGAGAGCCCAGUCAUUGAAGCUGCCCAGCUGUCCGAGUAAAAGCCAGCCUCCCUACUCUGGGGGUUUGGUGCACCAGAGCCCGCCUGGAGCAGGGUGGAACACAUCAUGCCGGACCAUGGCUUCCUCCCCAUUGGCCGCCUGCCCUGCCCAGCCACGUGAGUAGUUAACCGCUCAAUAGCUUUUAUCACCAUGUACUUUUUGACAGGUUUCCAUGCCCCGUGUAGCGUUUACGUCCCGCCCUCCGUCCCCGUUUCCGGUCGUGUACAUUUUUGGCACCAUCGGCCCUUUUGAACAUUUAUUUUGUAUUAUUUUUCUGUGUCUGGCCGGGGGAAGGUUGCGUGCUUGUGCUACAGUCAGGCAGGCAGAGCAGCAGAAGGCCUCCUGACGACCACAUCGGGAGGCUGCCACUCCUGACGGUGGGGUGGCGGUUGAAGGGGAACCCAGGUCCUCCCGCUCCACUGCGUCCCCGCCCAGGGCCCUAACAGCGUGCUGUGUUUUGACAUAUUUAGAGAAAAAGUAUGAACGAGUAGAAAGAGAGGCUGUAGGGGGUUCGCGGCUCCUCCCCAUCCGUCUGGGCGGGAGACCAUGCCCCUUGCUACGAUACUUCCGGGGUACCUUGGUUCAGGGGAAAUAGCUCAGUGUUCAUGGUUCUGGCCUGCAGUCAGGCCGACCAACGGUCAAGAGUCUGUUUCCCCGGGGACUUCA